GCCUGUGGAAGGUUCCUGAGUCAGCCGGAGGACAGCAGUAGCUGAGGUGGAUUAAUGCUGGAAUGUAGGCAGGGGCUGGAGCACUUGGGAGCUGUGCUUAGACAGAAAGGGAAAGAGCAGGGUAUGAUCCUCCUCCCGUGCCCGGGCUGGGGCCUCCCCCAGUAGGUGCAACAUCCCCCGAGCGGGCGGCCUGCAAGAGACUUGAGUUUGGAGGCUUCUGCGUGAAACUUGUCCAAUGAGUCUGAGACGCCCAAGCACCAUUCAUUUUGGAGGAAAAAGAUGGAGUAUUGCAUGCUGGGAACAAGUGCUUUCCAUAAGGUACAGCAGCAGCUCAUGAUGCCCCGUAAAGCUUUUCUUUCCCAGAAAGAAAAGCAGGCUCGUGCCAGGGAAAGGGAUAUGUUAAAAAAGAGGAGGAGGCGACAAGACUAUCUCAAAAGAAGCGUGGAACCGCAGAAAAAUACUGAAACAAUAAAAUGGCACAGGGAUGAUGAGAAGAGGAGAGAAAAUGAGCAAGUUAAGGACAAAGAUAUCAAGAAGCGGUGGAGACAGGAUGAGAGAGAACGACGAAAGAAUGUGGACGCUAUGAAUUGGCACAGGGAAGAGGAGAAGAGGGAAAAUGAGCGAGAAACUAUGUUCCAACUUCCUGUCAACAACCUUGGCAGUUUAAGAAAGGCCCGGAAAACUGUGAAAAAAAUCCUUAGUGACAUUGGUUUGGAAUACUGUAAAGAACACAUAGAAGAUUUUAAGCAGUUUGAACCUAAUGACUUUUAUUUGAAAAACACUACAUGGGAGGAUGUAGGACUGUGGGACCCAUCGCUUACGAAAAACCAGGACUAUCGGACAAAGCCCUUUUGCUGCAGUGCAUGUCCAUUCUCCUCGAAGUUCUUUUCAGCCUACAAAAGCCACUUCCGGAAUGUUCACAGCGAAGACUUUGAGAACAGGAUUCUCCUCAACUGUCCCUACUGUACCUUCAACGCGGACAAAAAGACUUUGGAAACGCACAUUAAAAUAUUCCAUGCUCCCAAUGCCAGUACACCGAGUGGAGGCAUCAGCACUUUCAAAGAUAAAAACAAACACGAGAGCCUUAAACCCAAGCAGGCUGACAGUGUGGAACAAGCUGUUUAUUACUGUAAGAAGUGCACUUACCGCGACCCGCUCUACGAGAUCGUUCGAAAGCACAUUUACAGGGAACAUUUUCAGCACGUUGCUGCUCCUUACAUAGCGAAGGGAGGGGAAAAGUCCCUCAAUGGUGCGGUUCCGCUGAGCUCCGGUGCCCGAGAGGAGGCAGGGAUCCACUGCAAACGAUGCCUUUUCAUGCCGAAAUCCUACGAAGCUUUAGUGCAGCACGUGAUCGAAGACCAUGAACGGAUCGGAUACCAGGUCACAGCAAUGAUAGGUCACACUAAUGUCGUGGUUCCAAGGUCUAAACCUUUGAUGCUCAUAGCUCCAAAACCCCAGGAGAAAAAGCCUAUGGGACUCCCCCAGAGGAUGGGUACCCUCUCCACUGGAAGCGUCCGGUCUCUCUCGUCACAGCAGAUGAUGAACAGACUCACUAUACCAAAGCCUACGUUAAAUUCCGCAGGAGUGAAUAUGAUGUCAAAUGUUCACCUACAACAGAACAAUUACGGGGUCAAAUCAGUGCCCCCGAGUUACGUUGGGCAGCCGGGGGGGAGGCUCAGCCUCAGUGGAAACACACCUGUUUCUCUUUCCCAGCAGUCACAAACCAUGAAACAGUUUUCAGCGAGUGGGAACGGAAGGCCUUACACCCUCGGAGGGGAGCAGAGGUCCCAGGCCUCAGCAAGGUACUCGCUGCAGUCUGCCAACUCCUCCUCGCUGUCCUCGACGCAGCUCAAACAGGCCUCGUUGUCCCAGACACAGACAGCGACCAGGCCUUUGGGCCAGUCUGGCUCCAAAUCCCCCGUGGCUGCUACAGGUCCUUCUGCUGUCAAUACGUCGUCCACACAGAAGUGGAAAAUCUGUACAAUCUGCAACGAGCUGUUCCCUGAAAACGUCUACAGCGUCCACUUUGAAAAGGAGCACAAGGCUGAGAAGGUGCCUGCGGUCGCCAACUACAUCAUGAAGAUCCACAACUUCACUAGCAAAUGUCUCUAUUGUAACCGCUACCUGCCCACCGACACGCUGCUCAACCACAUGCUGAUCCACGGCCUGUCCUGCCCCUAUUGCCGCUCCACCUUCAACGACGUGGAGAAGAUGGCUGCUCACAUGAGAAUGGUUCACGUGGACGAAGAAAUGGGACCUAAGACUGAUUCCACCCUAACCUUUGAUUUGACGUUGCAGCAGGGCAGUCACACGAACAUACAUCUCCUUGUAACCACCUACAACCUGCGAGAUGCUCCCGCCGAAUCUGUAGCUUACCACGCUCAGAACACUCCCCCCAUUCCGCCAAAACCACAGCCCAAAAUCCAGGAGAAGUCUGAUGUACCCGUCAAAAGUUCUCCACAAGCAGCAGUGCCCUACAAAAAAGAUGUGGGGAAAACUCUGUGUCCUCUGUGCUUUUCAAUCCUAAAAGGACCCAUCUCUGAUGCUCUUGCACAUCACCUACGGGAGAGGCAUCAGGUGAUCCAGACGGUUCACCCCGUGGAGAAGAAGCUGACCUACAAGUGCAUCCACUGCCUCGGCGUGUACACGAGUAACAUGACGGCCUCGACCAUAACGCUGCACCUGGUGCACUGCAGAGGGGUGGGCAAGACCCAGAACGGGCAGGACAAGGGCACGUCCCGGCUCGGCCAGUCCCCGGCCAUGGCACCGGUGAAACGCACCUACGAGCACGUGGAGUUCCCACUCAUGAAGAAAAGGAAAAUGGAUGACGAGGACUCCCCCUCUGGCUUUGAGGAGAAGCCUGAAGAACCCGUAGUUCUCGCGCUGGACCCCAAGGGUCACGAAGAUGAUUCCUAUGAAGCCAGGAAAACGUUUCUUACAAAAUAUUUCAAUAAGCAACCCUACCCCACGAGGAGAGAGAUAGAAAAGCUGGCGGCCAGUUUGUGGCUCUGGAAAUCUGACAUCGCUUCUCACUUCAGUAACAAAAGGAAGAAAUGUGUUCGGGACUGUGAGAAGUACAAACCCGGGGUGCUGCUUGGCUUCAACAUGAAAGAGCUCAACAAAGUCAAACACGAAAUGGAUUUUGAUGCUGAAUGGCUGUUUGAAAACCACGAUGAAAAGAACUCCAGAGUCAAUGCCAGUAAGACUGUUGAUAAAAAAAUCAACUUAGAAAAAGACAAUGAGAGUUCCUCAGACAGCUAUGAAAAUAUAGAGGAGGAGUACAAUGAAAGCCGUAGUCCCUUUGGUCAGCGCAUCUCUGACAUUGGUGGAAAACCCACGUCUGAUGGCACAGAGGAGAACCCCGAGGACAGCAUAUCCAAGGAAAUCAUGGAAGAAAAUGCAUUGCAGUCUCCAGAGAAGUCUGAUCAAAAACAAGAGGAAAGCUCUAAAUAUGAAGAUAUUAUUUCUGCUGAAGAACCAACAAAACUGUUAGGGGACGUUUCGGAUAGCGAAGGUGAUCAGGAUGAUACUGUGGAAUGGAAAGAUGGGGCUUCCCAGUCUGAAAGCGGGCCUGGUUCCCAGCAGGUCUCAGAUUUUGAAGAUAAUACAUCAGAAGUAAAACCAGAAGUGUGGACAGAUGAAUCCUCCCAAAGCGAAGAUGCCGGGAGCAGUAAACCAGCUGUCAAGGCCAAAGGGGGCGGAUCCGAAAGUGAUGAAGAACAGUCAAAGUGGAAGAAUCGUUCCUAUGGAAAAGUAGAAGAGUUUUGGUCCAAGGACCAGUCGCAAUGGAAGAACACGUCGGAGAUGGAGGAGAGCCUGUCCAGUCAGCAGAUGGAGUGGCAGAGCAGCGCGAUGGACAGCGAGGACGGGGAGCCCUUCGCGGGCGUGGCGGCCGCCGUGGCCGAGCCCAUGCACGGCAGCCUGCCCGGCGUGGAGCUGAGCAGCCAGCAGGCGUGAGGGCACAGCCUGGCACCGCCUACACUGCCCCACACCCCUGCAGUGG